AUGGAACAUGUUCUUCCUGAAUCUAUUCAUCAUCAUAUUGAAUCAUCAUUAGUUCAACAUAUAUUAUUACUUGCUGAUAGCUUUUCGUCAUUUAUAAAUCAAUCAAUGAUACCUUGUAAACAGCCUUUAUCAACAUCUGAUGUUCCAAUAGCAAAAGAUGAAUAUUUAGAUAAUCGAACGUUACAAAAUAAAUCUGUUGAUAAAAAUUCGAUAAAAACAAAUAUAGGUUCACAACAAUCUCUCUCAUCAUGUAUUAAUCCAAGUAUCAAACAUAAACAAGAUAUUGUAAAUUCAGAUAUUCGUUCAAAAUUAUAUGAUGAUAAAGUUUGUAAAUUUGAGAAACAAAAUGCCAUAGAAAGAUUUCUUUCUAAUGAUAAUGAACUUUUCUGGCGUAUUAAUAACAUUCAAGAUUUAUUUCAGAAUGCAAAAAAAGCUUCUGAACCAACAUAUGUUAGUUCUUCAUUUCACAUUGAGAAUAGUCCCUAUCAAAUUUCAUUAAAAUUAUAUUUAAAUGGUGAUAAUAUAGGACGAAAUAUGUAUUUAUCAUUAUAUUUUAGAAUAAUACGUGAUCCUUCUUAUUCAUACAUGAAUGAAUCAUAUCGUUAUGCACAAGUAUUAUUAUGUUUAUAUGAUAAUAGUUCCGGUCAUAAACAUGUCAUUCAUAAAAUAACACCGGAAAUAAAUAAUGAACAUGUUGAACAACAAACAAUCCAUGAAAAUGAAUGGAAUAAAAUAUCAGAAUUUUGUCUAUUAUCAAUGGUAUUAACUCAUCUUACUGCAAUGAAAAGUCAUUUACCAUGUUUAAAAUUUAUUAUUUCCGUAAGUCUGAAUAUAUCAACAAUAUUAGGAACUCAUAAUGAUCAGCGUGGUACAUUAAAAUCAUUAGGUGAAUAA